CGGAGCAGGAGGAGGAAGAGGAGAGAAGUCCAGUUGCGAGAGAGCGAGCGAGCGCCGUGUCGUGUCGUGCCGUGCCGUGUCGUAUCGCGUCGUAUCGUACUUGGCGCGAGACACCGCACCGCACCGUGUCUCUCCUGAUACCGUAUCGUUCCGGGGGCGGUGAUCGCAGACGCGAGGAUUAGUCGGAGCGGAGCGGAGCGAAGCGAGCGCGGGAGCCUUAUGUCAAGUCGGUUCGCGGUCGGAAGGGAGGCCGCCGACGACGACGACGAGGACAACGCGCGUCAACAUGAAGAAGCUAUUCUCGAAGAUCGACAACACGUCGAAGGAACCCAACAGCUACCUGGGGAAGGUGUUUGUGGUGGGCCGACAUACUGUCACCGUUGAGGAGGUUCUGGCAGAAGGAGGAUUUGCAAUUGUAUUUUUGGUCAAAGCGUCCGGUGGGCGAUAUGCACUUAAACGGAUGUAUGUCAACAAUGAACAUGAUCUCAACGUAUGCAAAAGGGAGAUACAAAUCGCUAGCAACUUGAGUGGUCAUAAAAAUAUCAUAGGAUAUGUAGAUAGUAGCAUAACUCACACUGGCGGAGGAGUACACGAACUUCUACUUUUAAUGCCUUAUUGUAAAUCUCAAGUUCUUCAAAUGAUGAAUAACAGGUUGCAAACAGGUUUCAGUGAGUCAGAAGUCCUGCAGAUCUUUUGUGACGUCUGCGAAGCUGUGUCUCGGUUGCAUCAUUGCCAAACCCCCAUAAUCCAUAGAGAUCUCAAGGUGGAAAAUAUAUUGCUCGCCGAUAGCGGUCACUAUGUUCUUUGUGAUUUUGGAUCCGCGACGGGGAAGGUUCUCAAUCCUAGUGUUCACGGCGCCGCGGUAGUCGAGGAAGAGAUCAAGAAAUACACGACUCUGAGCUACAGAGCGCCCGAGAUGGUUGAUAUGUACUACGGAAAGCCUAUUACCACGAAAGCUGAUAUAUGGGCUUUGGGAUGUCUGCUGUAUAAACUGUGCUACUUCACAUUACCGUUCGGCGAGAGUACGCUUGCCAUACAGUCUGGGAAUUUCACUAUACCGGAUAAUUCAAGAUACAGCAAAGCUCUUCAUUGCCUAAUCCGGUAUAUGCUCGAGCCGGAUCCCGACGUGCGCCCUGACAUUUAUCAAGUUUCCGUGAUCGCCUUCCAAAUCCAAGGCAAGGAGUCUCCCGUGCAAAAUUUACACAAAGUUCCAACACCGACGAUAGAGUCAUUACCGUGCCCACCUAUGGAAUCCGAAAACAUUAAACGAUCGGCUUCCGUGAAAACUCCGAAGCCCACGCCUAUAGCGGCGGUCGAAGGCACGUCCGUGACUCCAAGGCAGAGACCAAAAGGACAAGCCGUCAGUACAGGUCCGAUCAGUUUAAGCGGUCAGAUUGUGGGGCAGAUAUCGGGCCAAGGGAAUCAAGUGCAGAAUCCACCGGGAAAUUCCAUUUCUUACGUUCAAGUAUCGCCUCAUGUUUGCACUCCCAAUCAAAACGUUCCUUUCGGCCAGUCACCGGGUCAGCCGACACAGUACGGUCAGUCGCAGAGCCCGAUGAUCAGUCACUCACCUCUAACCCAGCAGUCACCUGUGACCGUUCAAGACAAAAGCUCGUUCUACUUCGACUCGAGGCAACACGACGCGCGAGCCACGACGAACGUGAACGAGAAGAACCUGGAAGCUUUGUUCCCGCCGUCAGGAUAUCCGGAUCCGUUUAAGGACGACGCGAGAGCGAUGCCGCCGCCCACCAAGAUACCACCUCCCGUAGCUCCGAAACCCGCGAAGAUCCUUCCGAAAAUUUCCAAUCCCAAUUACUCGUCCAAGUAUCCGCCGGUCGCUUCGUUACCGUCGAAAUUGUCCAUCCCUCCCACGGGGCCUAACAAAGCGGCUCCGACGGUGACGCCACCAGCUCUGCCGAAGCCGGUCAACAAAACGGAGAGUCUGAGCCAGAAUAUCAGUUCGAGCACGUCUCCACCCGACAGUCCGACAUUGGCGUCUUCGCGGCACAGGAGGAACGUCAGUGACACGAGUGCUUUUAACAAAGCAUUUGCAACUGAAACCACUCAAUUCUUAGCACCGUAUGAGGCUUCCGUUAAGCCACGUGCUGAUGAUACCACACCUCCAGAACUUCCGAGUGAUAUAAGGCCUUGUAUAGCAACUAGUGCCUCGCAUGUACGUGUUGGUGAACUUUCAAGCCUAAUAGGAUCAGAAGGGAGAUCAUUAAGCGCGGAUGUAGCUGCAUGGAAUCCGUUCGAAGAUGCCCAGCCUUUUAAUCAGUUAACAGAGGAUCAUAUCUUUGGUGCUGAAUUCGAUAAAAUAAGGAGAGGGAGCAACACCAGUAUCAGCGGAGUGAAAAGUCGCGAAAGCCUUGUCAUGACAUACACAGAGUUACCGGAGGACCCCUUUGAAUCUGCACCCUUUAGCCUGCCAAGAAAGAAGAACAAGAUUGGAUCAAAGACUGCUGCUAUUGCUGGAGGGAAAUCGACGGUGAACGGCAGGUCGAGAGCAUCCCUGGACCGGUGGAACUCCGGUCUGGAGCAUCGCGAUGGAAGCAACGACGGUGCUGGUGUCGUCGGCAGCAGUGGCGGUGGCGGCGGUGGUGGUGUCGAUAGCGCUGCUGGCAUCGUCGGCGGGGUCGACGAAGAGGCGUCAUUGAUCACGGAAUCGAGCCCGGUCUCGCCGCCGUUCGUGCGUGCUCCUGCGGAAGACCGUUCCAAGUACGAGAAGCUGGCGUUCAACGCGGACGAGGUAUCGAGCGACAGCGACAACAAGACUGGUCAAGGGCCGGCCAAGGAGCGCACGAAGAAGGUCAAGCGGAGGCGGGUGAAGAACGUGUUGAGCCGCAGGAGGCGGGUCGCGCACGACGUGGACAAUGCGAACACGGUGGAGUAUGAGUCUGACGACUCGAUCGGCUCGGCCAGCGACCUACGGGCGAUGAACGACGAGGAGGGCAACCAGGAGGAGAACGACGACGGUGACGAGCGCGAGCGCACCAUCGACGAGACCAUCUCCGAGAGCGUGCGCACGUGCGGCAGCUCGGCGUACCACGCGGAGUGCGAGUCGGUGGCGACGCACGAGGACGACUACAGGAUGAAGAGGCCGAAGAGGCAUUACCGGGAGCAGCAGCAGCAGCAGCAGUUGCCGACCAUCGACGCGGACCCGAUUGUUGGCCACCAAUACGGCGAGAAGCCGUUGCUGCUCGACGACGAGCUCGACCCGGAGUCGAAGCCGGAGCAGUCACACGGCGAUCCGUUCGUGCGCCAUCAGUACGGCUCGAAACCGUUGCUGUUCAACGGCGACAGCUCGUCCGACGACAACGAGCGCUCCAAGUCGUUGAACAACGGUAUCUGGAAGCUGGAGGACGACGUGUUCGCCAUGGCGCCCUUCCCCAGGUCCAGCAGCUCCAGAAAGAGCAGCGACAGCCGCGGCAGCGAGUCCAAGAAUUUGGGUAGCGGCAGGAACUCGCCGUCGCACAACUCCAGCCUGGUGACGCCAAUCUCCAGCUCACCGGUGCCUACGCCGGCGGAGGUGUUCGUGGAUGUGGACGCUGGCAAGGCGUUGACUCCAAAGUCCGUCUUGUCCUGCAUCCAGUACCCGAAGAGUAUCGGUAACAAAGCCAUCUAUGAGGAGGCCCCAACGAGCUUCCACCAGCCUGUUCCCAGCCAAACGUCUCCGUCAGUCAAGAACAGUCCUCACCGCGUCAGUAUCGCCGAACAGGAGGAAGAAGAGGACGAGAACGCCGAGAAAGACCUCUUCGGCUCGUCUCCCUUCAGUCCCAGCGGCUUUACGAAUCCUUUCAACAACGUUCAACCUGGCUACGCGAGCAUCGAUGCGCCCACGCAGCCGGCUAUGUCGACGAUCCUCAGCUCCCCAGGUUCCACGUAUCUCGAUUACACCAACGUAGCUCUGCAGCGGCCGCACAACCUGGCGACAGACGCGUAUUACGUCACCUCCGUUGCCGCUCAUCCGACCACUGUCGCUUCCGCGUCCAAGUUCGGCAUGGUGACGGUGACGCAGUCCGAGCCGCUGGUCGCCGCGGACAGCUGCAAAGACCUCUUCGGCUCCAUCCCGUUCGAGGAGUUCGCGUCGUUGAAGAUCACCGAGCAGCAACGUCCGACGUCCUUGGCGUUGUCGCAGUCGCACUCGGUGAGCUACAUCGUCGACAACGUGACCUUGACGACCGGCGGCAGCAGUGGCGGUGGCGGCGGCGGCGGCGGCGGCAACGUGCAAUCGCCCAACUCCGUGAUCCACUUGACGCCUACCCCGCCCACCGCAGCGUCACAGCAAGUCACAUACACGAUCCAGCCGACCGCGCACACCGCCCGGAUUACGGUGCACGCGGUUAACAGCGUCUCUAAAGUGGACAUCGCGUCCGAUAUGAUAUCACCCAUGUCACCCGAGCCGCUGGUCGGCCCCACGGACGACGACACGCCGAAGCACAAGCGGGACAAGUCCAAGUCCGACCGGUCCAAGUAUCACCUGAUCAGCGAGAACCACGGCGACAUCGUCAACGUACUGCCGGCUAAAGUGUCGCACAAGAGCAAGUCCGUGAGCCACAAGAAGACGCCCAAGGGCAAGCGGAGCACUGCAGCGACCGCCGGCUUCAGCAACAUGAGCUUCGAGGAUUUCCCCAGCGACGAGAAUGAAGAGAAGCAGACGCGCACGAAGGUCGCGCCCUUCGAGGUGAUCCGCGAGCAGUCGGAGAAACGCUUCGGUUCGUUGAAGAGGAGGAGCAACCCGUUCACCUGAAAUGAGCUAUCCGCCGGGACCGGUUAGCGCGCUCGGCGCUCGUUUCGUCACAGGCGCGUUCGCGCAACGGCUGCGGGAUUGAGUCGUAGCUGAGACGAAGCAGGUCGAUGCAUUGUACACUCGGUCGCAAAACGAUUCAGACUCCUUUUUCGGAUACAGUUCGAAAUGUUGCCGAUGAGAGUGGGACUUGCUUCUGACACAUUCCCAGAUGCUAAAUUCUCCUUGUUGAACAUCUGCGUUCCGAACUGCGUCCAGACCAAGUGUUCCUCAAACCGUUGUGAAAUCCAGUGCACACUUGGUUGCGAAACGGUUUAGACACGAUGAGGCAAGUUGAAACUUUUAACACGAUCAGCCGCGAGCCGCUGUUUGUAAGCUUGCGCGUUGACUGGUUACAAGAUUGGGAAUGAGAACGAGACGUCCGUAAGGUCACUACUGACGAUUCAGGAAAGUGUGAAUAUCUUUAUUAUAUUUUUAUCAGUCCGAUAAGAGCAUGAUAAAAAGUCGAUAUGUGCACUUUUUCAGCUCUUGUAACUAAUCGCGACUUGCUACGUAAGCAUGUCGAUACGUAGAGAAAAGUAUCAUUCUGUUGCUCUAGAGAGACGAUUACUCAGUUUCCUUUUUUUCUUGUAUGUAAUGAUUAUCUUCAGGAAAUAAUAAUUUAUUUCCCUGAUAAUAGUUUCUUAAGAUAUAUUCAUCGCAGAUUUCUGAAGAGUAUUAUCAUCCAUUCAAGGAAAAAGAGAACUUUUUUUUUUUUAUUUAACAUUCUUGAUCGAAGUUAAACGUCACGGAUAUCUCUGUGCUGAAUUUGGUUCCUUUUCUUUUUAAUACCAAGCUGUAUAUUUUCUGUAUAUUCUAAAGGUGAAAAUCUCAUCAGAGCAAAGUGUUGAAACCGUUUCGCAAACGAGUGUACAUUGCGAGAGGUCGAGAGAUGCGAUCAAACAAUAUUCUCUGCUCACAGUCGCGGUUAACGAACGGCUGAGAGGAUCUUAGUCGUGACAAGAAGAGAAGAGAAAAGUGACGCAGUCAGAUGAUCUCUCACAAAUACCGGGAGAACACAAUCAAUACACAGCUUGUGCAUUUCAAGGAGAGCGCGUUUAAGGAACAGUUCAACGUCUCUCUUCACUUUGCGAAUUCGUCUGCGGAGUUUGUGCCCGUUUAACAUUACCCGUUCCCGAAAUGCGCGUUUGUGAAAAAAUAUAGGACAAAGAGGCAGGGCGCGGAGUGAAUUUGCGGAGAGGUACGUCAAUUCGCCAUCUAUCUCGGUAGGUUUGUUAUCGAAGUGUAACUGUAAAUUUGCCGAACAACUUUCAUUCGUCUCUCUUCUAACGUAUGACUCGUUUUUCCGUAUUCUAGCGUUAAAAAGUUGCAGGAUGACGAUGUGUAUUUCCGAAGGUUGUAGAAACAGCAAGCGCGCUAACGUUGUAUCACGGUUUCUCCCGACGCUUGUAUAUUUUGCCAGCUAUUUUUUCACAAACGCCGACAAGGCGAUGUGAUAGCAGCUAGUACAGCUGCGUACGUUUAUAUCAGAAGGCACACACACAUGCAUAUACACACAUACAGCAUGACCGAAUAUAUUUAUACAUGUAUAAAUCCACAUGCCUAACUGACAAAUGUACGACGAGUCGUAUAAAAACGUGAUUUACACAAGUCGGAAAGUAUUAAUUCAUAUACUACCACUUUUUAAUUACUUUUUGCAUUUUUAGGAGAUUUACACAGGGAGGUGAGAGAAAGAGAGUGAAAGAAAGAGUGGGAGAGAAUGAGAGGUAGUGAGAGAUAGAAAUAGACACAGAUAGGAAUAAGAAAAAGGAAAAGAUUACAUUACCCAGAGAGAAAUGUGUUGAUUCGUGCGAGAAGAAAAAAAGAGGCACUCUUUCCAACAUGUUUUAACUGAUACCAGGUUGUGGAACUUGGCAGCUUGAUACCAAAAAUGAUAAAUAGGUAGAGAAAGCUCGUGCAUCUAUUUUUGCAGCUAAGUCUUUUCGCUACGUUUGUACUUUAAAAUUUGUAGAUUUCUACUAGUAGUACAACCUAUACCAGCUCUUACGAAGCAAUUUUUCUAAGAGAAUUAUCUAAACUAUACAUACAUCUGCAAAACGUAAUCCUGUUGCGAAGACUAACAUCGACGAAAGAGAGAGAGAGAGAGAGAGAGAGAAAAAGAGGGGAGAAAAUUUUUACCGUGCAUUCAUGGUCUCUCGGUUGACAGAGAGAAAGAGAAGAGAGAGAGAGAGAGAGAGAGAGAGAGAGAGAGAGAGAGAGAGAGAGAGAGAGAGAUCAUAUAUACAUAAACCGAGUAUUCCUUACGAAAAUUCUAGUAAUACAUAGUUCAUGAAAAUCGGUGUUACAAAGGCGCAGAUAAUAGCACUUCAAGCAUACUAAUGCAUAGCAUUCAUGUUACAGGAAAGAUAAAGAGAAAAAAAAAGAAACAGAAAAACACGACCUACAUGAUAUAUCGCAAAAACAACACACGGAUUCGCCUAAAAAAAAAAAAGGAUUGGCCUUAUCGUGUAAAGACUGACUUAUCGUUUAACGGUCUCGAUUAAUAUUCAGGUCACACAACAAGAUGGCUAAUAGCUCUUUUUAGGUAAUCGCUUGUAACUCAACGACGCAUUAACGCCACGAUACGUGAAUUAUUCUGACAACGCGACUCCUGCACCCGUGAUAAUCGAGAUCGUCGAACAAGGUAUAGAAAUAAUAGAAGAGUUACUGGUACGUUAGUAAUGGUACUGGUAAUAAUACUCACUAACGUUUACUUUUAUCACGCUGAAUCCACAUACCACACACAUACACAUCGAAUUGCUCGGGCGUAAUAUACCGAGCUCGAGCGAAAUAGAGGGAAUUUUUAUAACUUCCGACUUAUCGUUUCGAUCGCGUAAAUUUUCUACUGCUAAUACUGCGCCUUUCUAAUCGAGAGUCCACGGACUAAAGAUCUAGUUCAGUGUAAAAAGAUGUGACAAUAUUAUAGAGAGGAGAAAUGUUUAUAUAUAUACAUAAUCUAAGUGUUUUUAUGCACACGCAUAUUAUACAUAUAUGUAUACAUAAAGUGUAACAUAGUUUGUAGAUAUUAGCUCAUAUGAUUAGGUGCCUUCCUUUACUAAGUAGCGUUCGAAGCUUGCAGUCUUUGCUCUGUCGUGUAGUAUAAAGAAAAAAAGAACCGAUAGUAUUAUAAGAGAAGAACAGAGUCAAUUGUAUUUAUAUGUGUAAGGGAUAGCAUCUGAAAGUUUAUUUUCAGUUUAGUUCCUAUGCAUAUAUUAUAUAUAUAUAUAUAUAUAUAUAAUAUAUAAAAGGAAAAAAGAACGGUGAAAAAGAGAUGAUACCAUGAGUAAUCUAUGUAGAAUAUUGUUAAAAAGAAAAGAAAACGCCGAUUCGAUGCUGCUACCACAAGAGUGAGGGGUGAUUGUAUGUAUAUGCAGAUAGAGUUAGAGUUCAAAAUCUCGGCGAGCGAGAUAUCGAAUCGUACAGACAGGAUUAUCGUCGUGCUGAUCACGCGAGCGCGCGGGUUUCUAUUGUAUUUAUUGAACAUAUUACGCGAGAAAGAAACGUUGUUAUAUUAUUAUUCCAAGCCUUAAAAAAUUACUGUCGAUCUGUAUGCACCGUGUAUAAAAUAGGGAACGAUAGGUGCUAUUGAGAAACACCUCGAGCAUUUUCAUUUCUUCUUUUUUCUUCUUUAUUUUCUUUUUUCGAUUUCUAAUUUAAUAUCUUCCCACGAGAAGAUGUAAUAAUUUGAAGAUUGUAUAAACUGUUACGACUGUGUAAUAGUAUAUAGAUAUACGAUACAUUCCUUCUUGAAACUUUCUUAUGCAGUUAUUUAUUAUUGUUAGUUUGUAGGUUCCUUUUUUUCAUGUAUACACGCAGGAAAUAAAAUGUGAAUGUCGAGAAAA